CAUGGCCUCGCGCGCCCGGCGGCGCCGCCCGCUGUCAGUGCUGCUGCAGGCGCUCGGCUUGCUGCUCGUCCCGCUGCAGGUGACCCUCCUGGUGGCUCCUCCAUGCACCCGAGAGAGGCAUUAUGAGCACCUUGGACGGUGUUGCAGCAAAUGCGAACCAGGAAGAUACCUGUCUUCUAAAUGCACCCCUACCUCUGACAGUGUGUGUCUGCCCUGUGGCCCAGAUGAGUACUUGGACACCUGGAACGAAGAAGAUAAGUGCUUGCUGCAUAAAGUCUGUGAUGCAGGCAAGGCCCUGGUGGCAGUGGACCCUGGCAAUCACACGGCCCCACGGCGCUGUGCCUGCACAGCCGGCUACCACUGGAACCCAGACUGCGAGUGCUGCCGCCGUAACAUGGAGUGUGCACCUGGCUUUGGGGCCGAGCAUCCCUUGCGGCUCAACAUGGACACGGUGUGCACACCCUGCCUCCUGGGCUUCUUCUCAGAUGUCUCCUCAUCCACGGACAAAUGCAGACCCUGGACCAACUGUUCCCUCCUUGGAAGGCUAGAAGCACAGCCAGGGACGAAGAAAUCAGACGUGGUCUGCAGCUCCUCCCUGACCCUGAGGAAACCACCCAAGGAAGCCCAGAUUUACUUGCCCGGUCUCGUCAUUCUGCUCCUCUUCGUCUCUGUCCUAUUAGUUCCUGCCAUCAUCUUUGGUGUUUACUACAGGAAGGGAUGGAAAGCGUUGACAGCUAAUUUAUGGAACUGGGUCAAUGAUACUUGCAGCAGCCUAAGUGGAAACCAGGAGUCCUCAGGGGACUGCUGUGUUGGUGCACACUCAGCAACCUCUGGUCAGCAAGAAGCAUGUGAAAGACUGUUACUAAUGACCCUCGGGGAGAAGAUGUUUCCAGAAGACAUGUGCUAUCUAGAAGGUGGUUCUGGGGUCUGUGAGCCUGUGUGUGCAGCAGACGGCGGAGAUGCCAGGAUGCUCACAUUGGUCAGUGAAGUCGAGAUCCAGGGGAACCUCUCAAGGAAGAUUCCCACAGAGGAUGAGUACACAGACCGGCCCUCACAGCCCUCUGAUGGUUCGCUGUUCCUGAGCCAGCCCAGGAGCAAAUCCACACCCCCUUUCCAGGAGCCUCUGGAAGUGGGGGAGAAUGACAGUUUAAGCCAGUGUUUCACAGGGACUGAGAGCACGGCUGAGUCUGAAGGCUGUAGCUUCCUUGCGCCCCCAUGCAGAACUGACUGUAUCCCUUUGUCCCCUGAAAAGUACUUGAAAAGAGAAAUAGAGGGUGACAGUUGCCUGCCCUGGGUGGCCAGCUCCAACUCAACAGACGGCUACACGGGCUGUGGAAACACUCCUGGGGAGGACCAUGAGCCGCUUCUGGGUUCUCUGAAAUGUGGACCCUUGCCCCAGUGUGCCUACAGCAUGGGCCUUCCCAGCGAAGCAGCAGCCAGUACGGCAGAGGCAGGAGGGCAGCCCCAGGACAGGGCUGAUGCAACGCUUCCAAGCUCGGAGAGGGGAGCCUCGGGACCUGGGGGUUCCUCCAGUGACCAGCCACCUGUAUCUGGGAACGUGACGGGAAACAGCAAUUCCACGUUCAUCUCUAGCGGGCAGGUGAUGAACUUCAAGGGCGACAUCAUCGUGGUGUACGUCAGCCAGACCUCGCAGGAGGGCCCGGGCCCUGCGGAGCCAGAGCCGGAGCCGGAUCCCGUGGGCCGCCCGGUGCAGGAGGAGACGCUGGCGCGCAGAGACUCCUUCGCGGGCACGGCUCCGCGCUUCCCCGACGCGAGUGCCACCGGGGCCGGGCUCCAGGAACAGGGCACGUACGGGACCAAGGACGGGACAUCGCGGCCGGUGCAGGAGCAGGGCGGGGCGCAGGGCUCCCGCAGUGCCCUGGGCUCCGGACAAUGUGCAGAAUGACCCCCGAGUUCUCUGCCUGCCCUGGGCGCAGAGCACCAGGGCUUUCACUAAACAGAUGUGUCCUGACUCUCCACUGCGCACCUCCUCGCAGGGGCAGCCGCUGGUGUGGUGGCGAAGCCCCUCCCUUCCCGUGCCUCU